CCAUUAUAUUCUAACAUUUUUUGCCUUGCUACUGCAACACAACACAAACAGUUCAAUCCAUCCUUGUUCCUCCUAGCCUCCCCAUUUUGAUCUUUUCUCGACACUUCUUCGAGAUAUCACAAUGGUGACCGUCGAGGAAGUCCGCAAGGCUCAACGUGCUGAAGGUCCAGCCACCGUCUUGGCCAUCGGGACAGCCACUCCUCCCAACUGUAUUGACCAGAGCACAUACCCCGACUACUAUUUUCGUAUCACCAACAGCGAGCACAAGGCUGAGCUCAAGGAGAAAUUCCAGCGCAUGUGUGACAAAUCUAUGAUCAAGAAGCGUUACAUGUAUUUGACUGAAGAAAUUCUCAAAGAGAAUCCUAGUAUGUGUGAGUACAUGGCUCCUUCACUUGAUGCAAGACAAGACAUGGUGGUUGUUGAAAUUCCAAAGCUUGGAAAAGAGGCUGCCACUAAGGCCAUUAAAGAAUGGGGUCAACCCAAGUCCAAAAUCACCCACUUGGUCUUUUGUACCACUAGUGGUGUCGACAUGCCUGGGGCCGAUUACCAGCUCACUAAGCUCUUGGGCCUCCGCCCGUCCGUCAAGCGUCUCAUGAUGUACCAGCAAGGGUGUUUCGCCGGAGGCACGGUGCUCCGGUUGGCUAAGGACUUGGCCGAGAACAACAAGGGUGCACGUGUUCUUGUUGUUUGCUCAGAGAUCACUGCAGUUACAUUCCGUGGGCCUAGCGACACUCAUCUCGAUAGUCUUGUGGGCCAAGCCUUGUUCGGUGAUGGUGCUGCGGCCAUUAUUGUUGGGGCCGACCCAUUGCCUGAGGUUGAGAAGCCUUUGUUCGAGUUGGUCUCGGCAGCUCAAACUAUCCUCCCUGAUAGUGACGGAGCCAUUGACGGGCAUCUUCGUGAAGUUGGGCUCACAUUUCACCUCCUCAAAGAUGUUCCUGGGCUGAUUUCGAAGAACAUCGAGAAGAGCCUCAAUGAGGCCUUCAAACCUUUGAACAUCACGGACUGGAACUCACUUUUCUGGAUUGCACACCCGGGUGGCCCUGCAAUUUUGGACCAAGUAGAGGCUAAAUUGGGCCUGAAGCCCGAAAAGCUAGAAGCCACAAGGCAUAUACUAUCCGAGUACGGCAACAUGUCUAGUGCUUGUGUGUUGUUUAUUUUGGACGAGGUGAGGAGGAAGUCUGCAGCUAAUGGGCACAAGACCACCGGAGAGGGCUUGGAGUGGGGUGUUCUAUUUGGGUUUGGGCCUGGGCUCACCGUCGAGACUGUUGUGCUUCACAGUGUGGCUGCUUAAACUCCAAGGCAUCUGGCUUCACUUGGCUAAUCUGCUCCUGGAUUUGUUCCUUUAUAUGUAUUGUUUCCAGUUUCUACUCUACUUUCCUGGCUGGUUUUCCUUUUUUGGAUUUAUUUUACCAGUGAAUUUCAUUUGGGCAUUCUGAGGGUAAACUUAGAUGCCAUCACUGUGUCUACUUUCAUAUUGCUAAUUACUAGAUUGAUGAAGAAAACAAAAGGGCUUGUCCCAUGUAGCAAUAUAUGUAAUGAUGAAUAAUAUUAUUCCACAUAUUUCAUAUGAUUAAAA